CACCUUAAGCAUUUCCACUCACCAAAGAUUGUUAUACAUAAUACAUAUACAUACACUAACACACACACGAAGAAAAAUCUUGCAGGAAUUUGGAAAUAAUGGCAAGCCCAAGAUUGUUAGGUUCUGUAUUCUUGGUCUUGUUUCUUGUAGACCUUUGCUUUGCUGGUAGGCCUUAUAUUGGAACCGGAGGAGGUGGAGGCGGAGGUGGAGGAGAAGGAGGCGGAGGUGGUGGUGGUUCAGGAGGACUUGGGUCUGGUUCUGGUUAUGGUGAAGGUUACGGGUCUGGAGGUGGUGAAGGAUAUGGUGGUGUAGAAGGGUAUGGUAAAGGUGCAGGUGGUGGCGGAGGUGGUGGUGGAGGUAGUGGUGGUGGUGGUGGUGCGUCUGGUUCCGGUGGAGGGUAUGGUGAAGGUUAUGGGUCUGGCGGUGGCUCCGGUUAUGGGUCUGGUGUUGGGAAAGGAGGAGGUGGAGGUGGAGGUGGUGGGAAAGGUGGUGGUGGUGGUGGAGGAGGAGGAAAUGGAAGUGGGUCAGGAUAUGGGUCCGGAUAUGGUAGUGGAGGCGGAUCUGGAUAUGGGAGUGGAGGAGGAAAUGGAGGAGGAGGAGGUGGUGGCAGUGGCGGUGGUGGUGGAGGAGGUGGAGGCAUUGGCGGUGGAAAUGGAUCUGGGCAUGGCAGCGGAUCGGGUUAUGGGGCAGGAGCUGGAUAUGGAGGAGGAGGAGGAGAGUAUGGUGGUUACCAUUAAGCAAUACCAAGAAAGUGCGUAGUAUGUCUUUGCGCUUUAGGUAGCAAUUUAUAGAUGAGUCUUGGCAUUGUUAUGUUAGAAUAAAUUUGCAGCUGGUCUGAACCGCCUGCGGCGGUGAUGGUGGUGGUGCAUUUGUGCAUGUUGCAAUAGUAUAAUGUACCUAAUUGUCAUGUUUCUUAUUUUAUGUGAUGAAUAAAGUUUUUAUCUUUUGCUUUUUAUUCCAA